AUGAGUAGUAGUGAUGAAAUCUCUUGGAUAUCAUGGUUCUGUGGCCUACGUGGAAAUGAGUUCUUUUGUGAAGUAGAGGAGGAUUACAUCCAAGAUCGAUUCAACCUUACCGGUUUAUCAGAGCAAGUUCCUGAAUACCGUGAUGCUCUCGAUAUGAUACUUGAUUUGGAAACUGACCCUUCUGAUAAUCCAGAAAAUACCGAUCUCAUUGAACAAGCAGCUGAAAUGCUUUAUGGACUAAUACAUUCUAGAUACAUUCUGACAAAUCGUGGUAUUUGUUUUAUGGUGGCGAAAUGGCAGCAAGGGGAUUUCGGUUAUUGUCCUAGAGUUUACUGUGAAAGUCAACCAUGUUUACCAGUCGGUUUAUCAGACGUUCCGGGUGAAGCUAUGGUUAAGAUAUAUUGUCCUAGAUGUCAAGAUACCUAUACACCGAAAUCUACUCGUCAUCAUCAUACAGAUGGAGCGUAUUUCGGUACUGGCUUUCCGCAUAUGUUGUUUUUAGUUCAUCCAGAGUACAGACCAAAACGAGCUAGUAAACAGUUUACUGCAAGGUUAUUUGGCUUUAAAAUACAUCCUUUGGCUUAUCAACUACAAUAUCAAGCUGCGGCUAAUUAUGUUAUGCCUCUCGUGGUUGUGACCACAGCCACAUUUACGUUAUAUUCUACGCCAGCUGAAUUAAUGUGGCGGAGAACUUUCGUUUCAACAGUCCUGUCACCUUGUACAUAG